AUGUUAUUCUUAAUCCCGUUCCUUUCAUUAUUGAUUCCGUCGAUCUUGGCAUUCGACCCAACUAGCAACUCCAAUGUCGCUGUAUACUGGGGUCAAAACUCCGGCGGAAGCCAACAACGUCUUUCUUACUAUUGUGACUCCUCGGCAAUUGACAUUGUGAUUUUGUCGUUUAUGCACGUGUUUCCAGACCCUAUCCAAUUAAACUUUGCCAACGCUUGUGAAGGUACCUACACUGACAGUGGUAUUUUGAAAUGUGAUACUAUAGCCGAAGAUAUCAAGUACUGUCAACAACAAGGCAAGAUUGUGUUGCUCUCCUUAGGUGGAGCAUCUGGCUCAUAUGGUUUAUCAUCGGACGAUGUUGCACGUGAAUUUGCCCAUACCGUGUGGGAUUUGUUUGGUAACUCCGACACGUUAUCUUCUGAUGAGAGACCAUUCGGUGAUGCUGUGCUUGAUGGUUUCGAUUACGAUAUAGAAAACAAUUCGCCAACAGGAUAUGCCGCCAUGGCCAGUGAAUUGAGAACAAUCUUUGCAACUGAUACUUCAAAGCUGUACUAUCUAGGUGCAGCACCACAAUGUGUUUACCCCGAUGCUUCUGUGGGUGAUUUGCUUGAUGAGAGUUACAUUGAUUUUGUCUUUAUCCAAUUCUACAACAAUUGGUGUAAUUUGGGAUCGGCACCUUUUAACUGGAACGAAUGGUUGAGUUAUGCAGAAAAUGUUAGUCCCAACUCCAAUGUAAAGUUGUUUGUUGGUGUUCCGGGAUCAUCCAGUGCUGCUGGUUCAGGUUACAAUACACCCAGUGAAAUUGCAAGCUUAUUGACCAGUGAUAUUUUAAACAACGCACACUUUGGUGGUAUUUCCUUAUGGGAUGCUUCUGCUGGUUGGGGUAACAAGUUUGGUGGUAGCAAUUUCAUUGAAGAAGUAAAAGCAAUUGUCCAAGGUACAUAUUCCAACUCGGUUUCGUCGUCAUCUAUUGAUAGCACAAGUACAACUUCAACAACAACAACAACAAUCACCACCACAACUACCAGUAGUACCGGCACUUCUACCACAUCCAGUACUUCUAGUACAUCUACCACAUCCAGUACAUCUACCACAUCCAGUACAUCUACCACAUCCAGUACAUCCAGUACAUCUACCACAUCCAGUACAUCUAGUACAUCUACCACAUCUACCACAUCCAGUGUUAGUUCUGCUGACUUUGUAACGUCAGACAAAAAUGCUAAUGCAGUUGAUCCCUCAUCCACUUCCGCCACUAGCACCACUUCAUUAGUUGUUCCAUCAAAACAAGACGUACAAUCGUUGGCUUCAUCUUCAUCUUCAUCUUCAUCUUCCGCCUCUUCAGUGUUCGAUCCAACAACUUUACUGACUUCCACAACUGCAUCCUCAUCCUCGUCACCAAUAUUGGCACAAUCAAUCCUCAAAACAUUUACUGCUGUCGAGUACUAUCCUUCAACCCAAACAAAAGAAACAACAGCUUUUGAUCUUCAAGCAACUGUGACCAUGUACAGAACUGUUAGUCAAGCUCCAUAA